UUGGAGAUCUUUGGUCCAGUUAUCACCUCUGCCACAACUUUCUGGAGGAUCUCAUCUCAGUUCAGAAAGCAGAAAUCUUCAGAAGGAUGAGAUGAGUGUGUUCCCAUGGCUUUUCCUGCAAACACAACGCAAAACAUGUCAUGCAACGCCACCAUUGAUGAGUUUCGGAGUCAGGUGUAUCCCAUAACGUACUCCAUCAUCUCAAUCCUGGGAUUUGUGGGCAAUGGCUUUGUGUUGUGUGUCCUGAUCAGGACGUACCAGGAGAAGACGGCUUUCCAGAUAUACAUGUUCAACCUGGCCAUCGCAGAUCUUCUCUUUGUAUGCACCCUGCCCCUGCGGGUGGUCUACUACCUCUACAAGGGCAACUGGUUCUUUGGUGACUUUUUGUGCCGCAUCAGCUCCUACGCCAUGUAUGUCAACUUGUACUGUAGCAUCCUUUUCAUGACGGCGAUGAGCUUUUUCCGUUGCAUUGCCAUCGUUUUCCCUAUCUGGAAUAUCCAAUUUAUCUCCCGGAAGAAGGCCAUCAUCGUCUGCGUGGGCAUUUGGUUCUUCGUAACCCUGACCACCAGCCCUUUUUUGCAGAAGAGCACCCAGUUAUCUCAUGAAAAUAUCACCAAAUGCUUUGAGCCCCCAAAGAGCAAGGAUAUGAGGAAGCUGAUGGUUCUCCACUACAUUUCAUUGUUCGUCGGAUUCAUCUUUCCCUUCACCACCAUCACCAUCUGUUACGCCAUGAUCCUAAACAAGCUGCUGAAGAAUUCCAUGCAUAAGAAAGAAGCCACGCGCAGAAAAGCCAUCUGGAUGAUCCUGAUUGUGACCAUUGUCUUCCUCGUGAGCUUCACCCCAUAUCACGUCCAGCGCACGGUCCACCUCCACUUAAUGAAGGACGAGACUUCCUGCGAGAAGAGUCUCUACAUGCAGAAAUCAGUGGUGAUAACCUAUUCCCUGGCAGCCUUCAACUGUUGCUUCAACCCACUUCUCUAUUACUUUUCCGGAGGCAAUUUCCGCAGGAGACUUUCCACUUUCCAGAGGGGCUCGGUUUCCAGUGCUCAUCACCGGAAGUCAUCCUUAAAGAUGGAGGAAGCAGUGAAUGGGAUCGCGGGGGAACACAGGGACUCAUAAGGGAGUUUUCAUUGGUUGCUUAGCAAACACAUACAUUUUGGAAGACUGUAGGUCUAGCAACUUGUAAAACUCAAACUAUGAGUUGACCAACUCCCUCCAAAGAUGCCAACCCGAGAUGCCAGUUAUUGUGUGUCAGUGUUUUACCUAGUUUCUCAACACAGGAGCAAGUGUGUGUGUAUAUAUACACAGACAUUCGUUUGGCUACAACCAGAUUCCUUGCUCCAAAUAUGCCACUGGGGCCUGAAUGAAACUUAAAAGAUAUUUUAAGACAUAAAGACGAUGAUGAAAUCAACCCAAUGCUUUGUUUGGAACUGUGCCCACUUGCUCAAAACAAGAGGCAGUGAUAAGCAGGGGAAUAGGACAAGAGAAGGGACUAAAGAAAUUGUAAGUAGCUUUGAAGCUGAUGCCUUGUAAUAGCCACUUUGGUCUAGUGGUUAAGGCACCAGGCUAGAAAGUGGGAGAUUGUGAGUUCAAAUCCCGUCUCAGCUAUGAAAGUCAGUUGGGUUGAUUAUUGGGCCAAUCACCAGGAGAUGGUGAAUUGUAGUCCCACCUUCUGCAUGAAAGGUGGCUGGGUGAUUUG